CAGCAAGAGUCGUCGUGCGUUGUACCAGAAUUUAUUCUCUUUUUUUAUAAUUUCACUUUGUUGGUUUACUCAGUUAAUUCGAGACUUCGAAUACAAUUGUGUAUCACUGUUGAACAGUUGUUAGAUCCGAACGUUGCAUUUUGGUGUUGAUUGCAAGAGAGAGAGAGAUUUUGAUUUCUCGAAGGAAAGGUUUAGAGGAGAAACUGUUGAUAAUUGAAAAUUGUGUGGGAGGAAAAGUUGUACGAAAUGCCUGUAGAAUUGGAGUCAGUGGCACCGAUUAACACGCGCCAGCCGUGUUCACCUUGCAACGGGGAGAAGAAAAUGAACAAGUUGUGCAAGCAGGUGUCGAUCGAGAGCCCGAGCGUAACGGGCCGUGAAUGGGUGUUCAGUUUCGACGUUCCUGUUCCGGAUGUCCCAGAACACGGAGCUCGUAUCCGGGUGAUGUGUGCCGGUGCCUGCUACCAUCCUCGUCGCUCUCCAAGCUUGUCGAGUUUGACUUCUGUCUCGAGUGGUAGUAGCUUGACUACAGACGUCUCUUUGGAGGGUGAUUACCCUGUCGCCUUACCUCAUCACGGGGUUCGCAACGCAGCUCUGUUCCCCGGAUACGAGGUUGCAGGCGUACUCGAGUCUCUUGGAGCAAACUUGUCCGAGGAUUGUGGCUACAAAGUCGGGGAUCGAGUGAUCCUUUAUCCUUACGAAGGCAUACCGAACGGAUACGUCGAAUACUUGGUCGUGCACGAUCUCAAGUAUCUGAUCAAGAUCCCGGACAACGUAAGCUUGAGCGUUGCCGCUAUGCUACCAGCUGGCGCACUAUUGGCUAUGAACACAGUGUUCGCUGCACACGAACACGUUCAAGGGUUGCUGAAACAGAGGGGGGAGAAGAGUGUCUGCAAGAUUCUGAUCGUUGGAACUGGCGGUCUGGCACUUUGGGCGCUCAGAAUCGCAGCUUAUCAUUUUAAUAACAUGAAAGACCGAGUUACCAUUACUAUCGCCUCGCUGAAGGACGACGGACUGACCAUGGCGCAGGAGUUUCAACGCGUGAACGUGGUACAAUGGAACGAGGAUCUGUUCGAGAAACUGCUGAUCGAGCGCACCAUGGACGCUUGUCAAGGCCACGUGGACGUUGUUAUCGAUUUCGGUACCACUUCUCGUAGCCUUCAUCGCAGCAUGCAGUGCUUGAGCAAGGGCGGUGUGGUGUUCGUGAUCAAAGAGGUGGCCGAACGUCUUCAGCCUAAGUUCAACAGACGUGCGGAGGAAUGGCAGCAGAGUAUCCAGCCUGUGGAGCCGGGUACGUUGGAGCAGUUGCGCGAGCUGGUCGAAUUGGUUUCUUCUGGUGAGAUCGAGCCUCCGCCGCACACCGUUUAUCCAGCGGAGGAUGUUCUCGACGUGGUGCGCAAGUUGUGCCACUCAGAGAUCCAAGGCCGCGCGAUUUUACGCUUCUACCCAGCGGAUUAAGGGGAUUUUACAGAUGGAGAAUCGCGUGCCGCACGGAUCGGCACCAUAGAACAACUCGAGAGCAACCGAGAAGAGAUUGGACGAACAGAUUGAGGGCCGAAUUAUUCUUCGGUUAAUUAGACACGUCGCAGAGCCAAUGUGGAGUCGGAUGGACUGUGCACAUCAGGAUAUCGGACGAUUCGGAUUUCUCGAGGCGAAGGAUCUGGUCUCGCGAUGUUUCUCGUUCUGCGAUGAAAAAGAAAGAGAGAUUAGAGGAGUAGUAUUGGAGGUAGUUUCGGUGAUAUAAACCGCUCGUCGCGAAGAAGAAAGAGGAACGUUGAGAUCGUUGGAGGAUUGUCAUGCGAAAACUGAUCGUCGAUCGUUCGGGAGGAAUUUGAUAGAUAUCGUUCGUUAUCGAUAAGAGUAGAUUUAGUCUGCUGGUUACGAGAAUGUUUCGAAGGAGAAUGAGAAUCGUGGAUGAGGAGAUUUCGUUGUAGAGUAGCAAAGAGAGGUAUUCGGGAAACGAUGAUGUCACGUGAACCUCGGGAAUAUAUCGUAGAGAAAGUUUCACAAGUUGAACUCGAUACACCGUGUUGCGGUGGAGUACGGAAUUUUCCGUGCUUCUCUCGCUUAUUGUCACGGUGGUAUUACUUUCACUUAAGAGCUGGUAACUAUGAAAUAUUCUAUAUCCGACAUCGAAAUAUAUUGAAAUCGUUCGUUUCCUUUCAGCGAGGAUGUUAACGUUUUAUGCUCGAGUUCCUUGGUCGGAUAAUGAUUGUAUUGAAAUCUCGAGAUACGACCAAUGAAUCUACUUAUAUAUAACGAAGCACAAUUUUUCCAAAUUUUCUUUUCACGUCAAACGUUUCCGAAUACCUUCGACACGUGAUUUAUCCGAUCAUCGAACGAAGAGUUAUCGGUUUAACCUUACGUGGUAAAACACGAGUACGCAGAUGUACAUACGUAUAAGUUCGAUGUACCUGAAGAUGAUUAAUGGUACCGUUGAAUAUUUAACGUCAAUUCAAUUGUAAUGAUCGUUAUAGUUUAAUGUUUCUAACAUGAAGUACCGGCCUGUAAUUGUUCGCCGGGAAAUUCGAUCGGAAAGAGAGGAGGCAAAACUAUACGCCGAGACUAUAAUUAGGUCGUAAGUCACGUAGAUUAUACUCGAAAUAUAUUUGGAACACGUAUUUAGAACGUACUUAAACGAUAUUUGUGAAAAAGUUAUUUUGAGAAGGGGGGAAGGAUCGCAUAAACUUCUCUCGAAUAAUCGAGGAGCGUCGACUAACCUAUAUCAUAUCUGCCGACAGUUUCACGAACAAAACUGUAACUUACGUGGGAAAAAAGGAAAAAACCAUUGCUUUGCCAUUACUCAACCGUAGGUCUGGUAAACGUUAAUUUUUGUGUUUCACGUGUAACGUAAUAUUUAUAAUAUAUGUAUGACUGUCAAUAUAAUCGAGGCGUGAGAAUUAUAUACUCCCGAAUUGUGUGUAUUAUCGUGCGUUUCGAGGACAAUUUUUGUAUAAUUAUCCUUAAGUAUAAAUAUUCCUUUCUCAGGUAGAAUAAAUUAGUAUUUAAGUUGACCGAUCGUUCUUUGCGUACAUAAAAAAGAUAUUAAUCGCAUCUCACAUCGCAAUUAUCAUUAAGUUGCUGUAC